AUGGAUAAGGUUCUAAGACCUGAACGAUUUGAAACUGAUCCUAGCAGCAAUUUGGCGUCCAAAGAAUGGCUUCACUGGAAGCGAACCUUCGUGAACAUUUUGUCAGUCCUACCUCAAGAAAACCUCGACAAACUAUCAGUUUUAGCCAACUUUGUAUCUCCUACAAUCUUCCUACACAUUGAAGAUAGUACAGACUAUGAUGCUGCCAUGGAGAUAUUGGAAUCUCUUUUUAUCAAACCCAAAAAUGAGAUUUUUGCCCGACAUGUUCUAGCUACAAGGCGUCAACAACCGAGUGAAACACUAGAUGAGUACCUUCAAGCUUUGAAAACUUUAAGUAAAGAUUGCAAUUUCAAGGACGUGACAGCUGCUCUGUACUGUGAAGAGAGUAUUAGAGAUGCAUUCAUUACCGGACUGCAGUCUAGCCAUAUCCGCCAGCGACUGUUAGAGAACAAAACCCUUGAUCUCAAAACAGCAUUUGACCAAGCUCCUGCACUUGAAUUGGCUAUGCGAAGCUCUGAAACCUACACUGUCACUCAACCGUCUGUAAAUGCAGCAGUACCUACCUAUUCUGAUAUAUCACAUAGCCCAACGGAACUACCAGAAUCCAGAACCGUAGCUGCAAUGGAGGUGGAAAACUCCUGUUUCUUCUGUGGGAAUGCCAGACAUCCCCGUUCGAAGUGUCCCGCUCGUGAUGUUACUUGUUUGAAAUGUCAGAAGAAAGGCCACUUUGCGAAGGUGUGUCGAGGCAAACCUGCCAAUCCCAGAGGUAGAAUUUCGGCUGCUGUCUGGUCACCAAGUCUAGCAACGGUUCCAACGAUACCAACAUCCCCUUCAAGGCAUCAGCCACUGUUUGCAUCAACGGGUUGCAGGUAA